AUGAGUGCCCCCUGUGGAGAGAGGCCUGUCCAGGCAGCCAACCCCACCAUGAGUUUGUGGGAGCCUGGGGACAGCCAUAAUUGGCAGGGCACCCCCAGGCUGGCCCAGGAGACAGCUGCUGAGGAAGCAUCGGCUGCAGAGCUACAGAUGAAAGUGGACUUCUUCAGGAAACUGGGCUACUCAUCCUCUGAAAUCCACAGUGUGCUGCAGAAGCUGGGAGUCCACGCAGACACCAACACAGUGCUGGGCGAGCUGGUGAAACACGGUUCUGCCACGGAGCGAGAGCGCCAGGCCUCCCCAGACCGCAGCCCUCAGCUGCCCCUGGUUCCCCGUGGCGGGGGCACCCCCAAGACUUCCACUGUGGAGUCUUCACCCCCUGAGGAGGCUAAGGAGGGCAGUGACCUGAGACCUGUGGUCAUCGAUGGGAGCAAUGUGGCCAUGAGCCACGGGAAUAAGGAAGUCUUCUCCUGCCGGGGCAUCCUACUGGCUGUGAACUGGUUUCUGGAGCGUGGCCACACAGACAUCACGGUGUUUGUGCCAUCCUGGAGGAAGGAGCAGCCCCGGCCUGACGUACCCAUCACUGACCAGUACAUUCUGCGGGACCUGGAGAAGAAGAAGAUCCUGGUGUUCACACCAUCACGGCGCGUGGGCGGCAAGCGGGUGGUUUGCUAUGAUGACCGUUUUAUUGUGAAGCUGGCCUACGAAUCCGACGGGGUUGUGGUCUCCAAUGACACGUACAGGGACCUCCAGGGGGAACGGCAGGAGUGGAGGCGCUUCAUCGAGGAGCGGCUGCUUAUGUAUUCCUUUGUCAAUGACAAGUUUAUGCCCCCUGAUGACCCCCUGGGCCGCCACGGGCCCAGCCUGGAUAACUUCCUGCGUAAGAAACCACUUUCCUCCGAGCAGAGGAAGCAGCCAUGCCCCUAUGGGAGGAAAUGCACCUAUGGAAUCAAGUGCCGAUUCUUCCACCCUGAGCGGCCAAGCUGCCCCCAGCGGUCAGUGGCUGAUGAGCUCCGCGCCAAUGCCCGUCUCUCACCUCCUAGGGGCCCUGGCAAGGCCAAGGGUAGCCGACAACCCUCGCCUGGCUCACUGUCCAGCUCACUGCCCACAGAGAGUGAGCAGUGCAGCCAAGACAGAAAGAAAUUGGGGUCCCAGACAUCUGCCGGGCCCCACCAAGAGGGCCUAGCUAAGACUUUUGCCCCAGCAGGCAGGAGCCUCCCAGCCAGUGGGGGCAGUAGUGGCAGCUUCGGGCCCACAGACUGGUUCCCCCAGACCCUAGAUUCCCUGCCCUACACUUCCCAGGAUUGCCUGGACUCGGGCAUUGGCUCCCUGGAGAGCCAGAUGUCAGAACUGUGGAGCGUCCGUGGAGGGGGCCCUGGGGAGCUGGGCCCCCCUCGGCGCCCAUACACUGGUUAUGUCCCCUAUGGAUCUGAGCUCCCAGCCACUCCGGCCUUCCCUGCCUUUGGACAGGCUGUCGGUGCUGGCCACUUCAGUGUGCCAAGUGACUAUGCACCCCUGCCAUCUGCCUACCCACCUCGGGAGUACUGGUCUGAGCCGUACCAGCUGCCCCCACCCACCCCAGUCCUACAGGAGCCCCAGGUGCAAGGUCCGAGGGCUGAUGGGAGUCCAUGGGCUGGGACUGGCAACCUUGCCAAGGAGCGGGCCAGUGUGUACACCAAGCUGUGUGGCGUCUUCCCCCCACAACUUGUGGAGGCAGUGAUGGGGCGCUUCCCGCAGCUCCUGGACCCCCAGCAGCUCGCGGCCAAGAUUCUGUCCUACAAAUCCCAGCACCUUAGUGGGUAA